AUGUUCGCCCGCCCAAUUUCCUCAUGGGGCCGGAUUCUGUCACCGGCAACGGGCUUCAAACCGUCCGGAUGUAAUGCAUCAAAGGGUUUGGACCUCGGAAAGAGGUACUUCAGUCGCAACCCACUCAUGAGAGAAAAUGCCGCCUCCACGCCCUUUAAUACCCCCCAGUCACAGAAGCGAAAUGCCUCUACAAUGUAUUAUACUGCGAGUCUUAUUCUGGGGACGGUUGCUCUUGCUUAUGGCUCUGUCCCUCUGUACAAGAUGAUCUGCCAACAGACUGGCUGGAACGGUCAGCCCGUCCUUACCCACCGCGGAGGAGACAACGAUACCUCAUCUCGUGUAAAACCCGUAACGGAUUCUCGCCGUCUUCGAAUCACGUUCAAUGGCUCGGUUUCAGACGUUCUGCCAUGGAAAUUUACGCCACAGCAACGAGAAGUUCGAGUUCUCCCUGGUGAAACCGCAUUGGCUUUCUAUACCGCCACGAACAAGGGUCCUACGGAUAUCAUCGGGGUUGCGACAUACAGUGUCACGCCCGGACAGGUCGCUCCUUAUUUCAGCAAGAUCCAAUGCUUCUGUUUCGAAGAGCAGAAGUUGAAUGCUGGAGAAUCUGUGGACAUGCCGGUUUUCUUCUUCAUUGAUCCUGACUUCGCCAAAGAUCCGGCAAUGAAGGGCAUCGAUACCAUUACGCUCUCGUAUACAUUCUUCAGUAAGCUGCCCAGCCAAGAGAGCGCACAGUUGGAAAAAUACGCUAACAGCAAAACAGAAGCACGAUACGAUGAUAAUGGAUUCCAAGCUACAAAAAUGGCUCUUCUCGUUGACAAGUUGCGCCCGCGCUCUUUAGACGCUCUUUCAUACCAUCACGAUCUGUCGGCACGCCUAAAGUCGCUGGCUCAAAGCGGAGAUUUCCCUCACCUUCUCGUUUACGGACCGUCCGGUGCGGGCAAGAAAACCCGUGUGAUCGCAACGUUGAAGGAAUUGUACGGCCCCGGAGUCGAAAAGAUCAAGAUCGACGCUCGAGUCUUCCAGACGACGAGUAACCGGAAACUGGAAUUCAACAUCGUCUCCUCCAUCUACCACCUUGAGAUCACACCGUCCGACGUUGGCAAUUAUGACCGCGUCGUUGUCCAAGAACUUCUGAAAGAGAUCGCGCAGACCCAGCAGGUCGAUCUCUCGGCGAAGCAGCGGUUCAAGGUCGUCGUGAUCAACGAAGCAGAUCAUCUUACUCGCGAUGCCCAAGCUGCGCUGAGGCGGACCAUGGAGAAGUACAGUCCCAAUCUGCGGUUGAUUCUGCUGGCAAACAGCACCUCCAACAUCAUUGCUCCCAUUCGCUCGCGAACCCUGCUGGUUAGGGUUGCCGCGCCAACAGAAGAGCAAAUAUGUUCCGUCUUGAGCAAUGCCGGCAAGAAGGAAGGCUGGCCUGAGGCGACCGGGUUGAACAAGAGGAUAGCGAAGGACAGCCAACGGAAUCUUCGUCGGGCAUUACUCAUGUUCGAGGCCGUUUACGCUCAAAGCGAGAAAGUGACGGAUAAUACCCCCGUUCCCCCGCCCGACUGGGAGGCUCUUAUCGCCUUGACUGCAGACGAAAUUCUGGCCGAGCGGUCACCUGCUAGAUUGCUGCAGGUUCGCGCGCGGUUGUAUGAUCUUUUGACACAUUGCAUACCGCCUACUACCAUUAUCAAGACACUCACGUUCAACCUUAUCGUGAAGGUUGACGACGCGCUGAAGCCUGACGUGAUCAAGUGGUCGGCGUUUUAUGAGCACAGAAUCAAGCAAGGCAGCAAAGUUAUCUUUCACCUUGAAGCGUUUGUUGCCAAAUUUAUGCGUAUUUAUGAAAGUUAUUUGAUGGGCAUGGACUUCUAA